ACACACAUCUACAGACAAGCAUACACACAUCUCCCCCCUCUCUCUCUUCCCCUCCUUUUUCUCCCUCCCUCCCUCCCUCCCUCCCUCCCUCCCUCCCUCCCUCCCUCCCUCCCUCCCUCCCUCCCUCCCUCCCUCCCUCCCUCCCUCCCUCCCUCCCUCCCUCCCUCCCUCCCUCCCUCCCUCUCCAUCUCCCCUUGUCUGUCAGUGUGAUCAAUGGCUUGACUUCCUCCUUUUGGUACGGCUGUAGGCUGUAUACAAGAACACAGGAAUCGCCUGGUGCUGUUCACAGUUUCACAGCAGCAGCAGCCAUCAGUGCUAAAGACAAUUAUAUCCAGAAAACACGCCGGAUUCCCUCUGCAGUCAAGAUGAGUGCAGGGGAUGUGGUCUGCACUGGCUGGCUCAUCAAAUCUCCCCCUGAGAAGAAACUAAAGAGAUACGCAUGGAGGAGACGUUGGUUUGUUCUUCAAAGAGGACGUAUGAGUGGGAACCCAGAUGUGUUGGAGUACUACCGAAACAAGACCUCAAAGAAGCCCAUCCGCACCAUCGACCUGAGAGAGUGUGAGGUUCAGAUGCAGACGGAGCAACGUCUGGUCAAGAGGGAGUUUCAGAACCAGCACCUCUUUGUUGUCAAGACGUCGUCUCGCAUGUUCUACCUGGUGGCCAAGACUGAGGAGGAGAUGAACAGUUGGGUCAGUCAGAUCAGGGAGAUCUGUCACUUUGGACCUCUGAGUAUGGAUGAUGGGACAGAAUCAGAGGAAGGUUUUUCGCACAACCCAACCUCCCAGCAGCCUUCACCUGCUCUCUCCCGAAAUAUGUCAUUCAUUUCCAACCAUGACUUCAUGGCCUAUGGCAACAGCAGAGUUGAGAUGCCCAGCCUGAUGAAUCCCAACCAUCCAAUGGACUACCUCUUCCUCUCACAGUGUGAGACAGGGAGGUUCAGCAUCUUUAGAUGUGACAGCUUUUCAAACUCUGAGCGAUCUCUGGAACAGAAUUCAUCAGACGCUACUACAGAAGAUGUCUUCUCUUCAACUGAUCCUUCUCGGUCUCCCUUUCCCCACACUGGACCAUCUCCGUCUCCCUUUCCCCACACUGGACCAUCUUCAUCCCCCUUCCCCCACAUAAGGAUGCAUGACCCCCCUUUCAGCGCCCCAUGUGGCCCCACGUCAUCCUCUUCCUCUCCUCGAACUCUCAAUCGUACACCCGACAUCUUCCAGUUUGAUAAGCCAUAUUCUUCUGCCAUAUUGGAGGUAACUACUGAUGGACUAACUCCACCUCCUCUGCCCCCCAAGUCUAUCCACCUCUCAGAGCACCUUAGUGAUGAGGGCUCCCAUGGGCCUCUGGAUGGGGUUGGGCAGCAGCUCACAGGCCAACCUGCACUCAUCCCCCGGAGGAUCUCUCUCUCAGGCCUGCCAGACCACUUCAGAAGAGAAGACAUUGAGGGGAGUGCACUGAGGAGCAGGAACAAAAGGCUCAGUCUUAAUUUGCCACAUUUCAUUGCCACUCAAAGUCCAAACUCCCAUGAGGACUCGUACGUGCCCAUGGCCUCUCCAACUGUCUGUGUUGGUGAAGAUGUGUCGGACGGCUACAUCCCUAUGAGCCCCACUACAAUCAGCUUCCUCAAGGCUAAUGGCAAAACAGAGGCCCCUCUCGCUCCCACCCCCUUUCCCACUGCAGGUCUACCUGGGGAUUUAGAACCACCUCCAAUCAACAGGGAUCUCAAACCACGCAGGAGAGCCCGGCCUCCACCACUGGACCUGAGGGGCCUGUCCACUAUCAGAGAAUGUCCGACCCAUAUGCCUCUGAUCAGAACCAUGACAGAGCCAGGAAAUUCACUGCAAGUCCUACUGGAGAGAAGACAAGGACAACUGGGAAUUAAAGGAGACCAAGAAGCCAGCAGCAUUCCAACAGAGUCAAGGCCGCUGUUCUUCUCUACAAACGAGGGAGCCACCCAGCCGUGGCUUAGGAGAUCAAACCUUGACUACCUUUCACUGGAUUUCAAUUCCGCAUCCCCGUCUCCCGUGCAAAAGAAGCCCCUCCUUGCUGAUGAACACAGGGUGGACUAUGUGCAGGUGGAUGAGAAGAAGACUCAGGCGCUGCAGAACACUAAGAUGGAGUGGAAGGAUGUCCGGCAGUCUAAAGUGUAAAUCAACACGACUUUCAAUUUCACAAAACAAGUGGAGCAAAUGCAACAUCACAUACAAAAUCUGUCAUAAGAGAUGGUAAUUUACCUCAAAGAGAGCAGUUCUUCUUUCAUGUACAAAAUAAAAGCACUUUGAAAUGCAUCAGAUAUAAACAUCUAAGAGAGAAGAAAGUAGACCGUGUUGUCAAAGACAGUUUAAAUAACUGGUUUGUGGUUUGGGGGCAUCAAAAUUCACUGUACAAAUAUGACAUCAAAGUUACACUGCGAAUGUCACUUUACCAUGCACUGUGUCACAGUGCUGUUUUUGUAUUAAAUGUUACGCAAUAAAAAGGACACUGCUCAUUUCUUAUUCUUUUGCUGAAACAGAUUGUAUGGAUUCUCAACACACAGGAAUUGAAGUAUUCUGUUUUUAGAUGAACAAUGGUCUGAGUAUAAGAGUAUGUUAAACCAAAUGAGCAGGUGUCUAAGUACAGGUGUGUAUGUAGAAGUGCAAAUGUAGAGCUGGAAUCCUAAAGACAAAGACAUGCAUUAAUGCUUCUGCCCUGCACAUUGCAUUUGUUGUUGUUUUUUAAAGUUCUGAUGCCUUGGAUUGGCAGCCAGCAGGAAAAGCGCAAUGCGAUCUGUAGUCAUGUACAUAGGGAUUGAAUGGAGUGGUAUCAUUCAAAUGAGUCAUAUGAACAGGGUGAACAUCUCAGACCUGAUAUUGUGUAACAGUACUGUGUUAUUACUGUGUAAGAGGGUACCAAUGACUCAAACCCCAAUACUGAACACCAUCUCGAUAGGUCAAUCUACAGAAGAAAGCGCAAAUCACUGUGUGCCUAUCCUAAAGUUGGUGAGGGUGGAGAACUCCCUUACAAUAAACAGUCUCUUCACAAAUGUCGGAAAAGCCAUACAGUCUUAACUAGAUGUUUCUAAAGAUGGAGUUGAACCCAUUAUUUUCGCACAAGCGGUACCAUCUUCAAGUUGUGAGCUGUAUUGUUUUAAUGUACGUUUUAACAUGUCCAUGUAAUGUAUGUAAAGAUGCACAUCCAACAAUGUUUUCAUGCUUUAAUAAAUCCCUUUUACCUGACAUAA